AUGACUUGGUGGAACAAUCGUCGGAUGCUGCAAUAUAUACAUCGCGAGCUAGAUUCACGCUUCAAAACUAAGCAUACGCAAAGCGAAGUGACAAAGAAAGUUCGCAGCAAGACGAUAAUUGACCUCGCCUUGGUUAACUACCUGAUUGGAAACACGCAAAAUAACUCCACCAAUGCUAUGAAUACCAUAUUUCGAGACAUCUCCACAUCCCAGAUAAGAACCUUCGUCUUUGCUGGCCAUGAUUCGACCAGUAGUACCAUGUGCUAUGCUUUCCAUCUUCUUUCGAAGCAUCCCACAGCCCGCCACCAACUCAUUGCUGAACACGAUCGCAUGAGUGAAAACCCAAACCUCCUAAACCAACUUCCUUACACUUUAGCUGUUAUCAAAGAAGCUCUACGGUUAUACCCCCCAGCAUCAAGUACUCGGAGUGGCGAGCUAGGCCAUUUCAUAUUGGGAUCCAAUGGUGUUCAACUCCCUACGGACGGGUUUCUCGUCUGGUCAAAUGCAUAUGCCAUUCAUCGCGACGAAAAAUACUGGCCUGAACCUGACAGUUUUCUUCCUGAGCGUUGGCUUGCAAACGAGGGUGACCGCUUAUAUCCUCUGAAGGGCGGUUUUCGUCCAUUUGAAUUCGGGCCUCGCAAUUGUAUAGGACAAGAGCUGGCAAUGCUAGAGCUGAAAAUUGUACUAACUAUCACAGCGCGAGAAUUUGAUAUCAAGAGUGUGUACGAUGAAUGGGAUAGGCUGCAUCCUACCAAGGCAUUGAAAACGCUGAAUGGAGAUAGAGCAUAUCAGAUCCUUUCCGGGUCUGCUCAUCCAAGCGAUGGGCUUCCGUGUCGAGUAACCUCAGCCACGCACUGA